AUGGAUUAUCUUGAGCAGGAAAAUCGGGUACUUCGUGAAGAAAUGACAGCCAUGCAGACUAGGAUGGACGAGAUGGCUGAAUUAAUAAAAACAAUGGCGGAAGCUCAGACUCAAGCUCAAGCACAGAUUCAAGCACAAGCGCAAGCAUUGGCACAAGCUCAAACUCAAGCUCAGGCCCCAACAGAGGCGCAGGCCCGAUCACAAGCACCUCCACCCCCUCCUCCUAUCAGAACUCAGGCCGAGGCAUCUUCUUCUUGGACACUAUGCGCUGACACUCCGACGCAGUCCGCUCCGCAACGUUCCACGCCUUGGUUUCCACCUUUCACUGCUGGGGAGAUAUUUCGUCCUAUCACUUGUGAAGCUCAGAUGCCCACUCACCAGUACACGGCUCAAGUACCCCUACCUGCCAUGAGGGCCACUCCCGCCACCAUAACCUACUCAGCACCUGUGAUGCAUACAAUUCCGCAAGCUGAAGAGCCUAUCUUUCAUUCAGGGAAUGCAGAGGCUUACGGGGAAGUAAGCGACCUACGAGAGAAGUAUGAUGAACUACGCCGAGAUAUGAAAGCUCUCCAUGAAAAAGGGAAAUUCGGGAAGACUGCGUACGAUCUCUGUUUGGUACCAAGUGUGCAGGUACCUCACAAAUUCAAGAUUCCAGAUUUCGAGAAAUACAAAGGGAGUUCUUGUCCUGAGGAACAUCUAAAAAUGUAUGUGAGAAGGAUGCCUGCAUACGCCCAAGAUGAUCAGAUUCUUAUUUACUACUUCCAAGAAAGCUUGACCGGCCCUGCUUCAAAGUGGUACACAAACCUAGACAAAACAAGAGUUCAAACUUUCCGUGACCUUUGCGAAGCUUUUGUGGAACAGUACAGUUACAAUGUAGACAUGACUCCGGACCGAAGUGAUCUCCAAGCCAUGACUCAGGGGGAUAAAGAAACGUUCAAAGAGUACGCCCAACGGUGGAGAGACACCGCUGCCCAAGUCAGCCCACGAAUUGAGGAGAAAGAGAUGACCAAGCUCUUCCUAAAAACUUUGAAUCAUUUUUAUUACAAAAAGAUGGUCGGGAGUACACCAAAGAGCUUCGCGGAGAUGGUUGGUAUGGGAGUACAGUUAGAAGAAGGAGUCCGAGAAGGACGCUUAGUAAAGAAUACAACUCCUGCCAGUGGGACCAAGAAGACCGGGAACCAUUUCCCGAGGAAGAAAGAACAAGAAGUCGGUAUGGUGACUCAUGGAGGGCCUCAACAAACUUAUCCAGCCUAUCAACACAUUGCUGCCAUCACACCCACCUCUCACCCUUUUCAACAAACAAAUAACCAUCCUCAAAUACCACAAUAUCCUCAAAUACCACAAUAUCCUCAAAUACCACAAUAUCCUCAAUUACCACAAAAUCCUUCACCACAAAAUACUCAACAACAAAAUGUCCAACAACAAAAUUUCCAACAACAACCAUACCAACAGCAACCAUACCAACAAUACCCAUAUCAACAAUACCCUCAACAAAAUUUCCAACAACAGCCUUAUCAACAACGCCCACAACAACCUCGACCACCAAGAAUGCCGAUUAACCCAAUACCAGUCACUUAUGCAGAAUUACUUCCCGGCUUACUCAAGAAAAACCUUGUCCAAACUAGAACAGCUCCUCCUAUCCCAGAAAAACUACCAUCUUGGUAUAGACUUGACCAAACUUGUGACUUCCAUGAAGGGGGCCGUGGCCAUAACAUUGAAACUUGUUAUGCCUUUAAAAGCACAGUGCAGAGGUUGAUCAAUGAUGGAAAAAUAACUUUCACAGACUCGGCGCCAAAUGUUCAAACAAACCCAUUGCCGAAUCAUGGUGCCGCAACAGUCAACAUGAUCGAAGAUUGUCAAAAGACUCGUCCCAUUCAGAAUGUUCAACAUAUUAGGACACCCUUGGUCCCGUUACAUGCCAAGUUAUGCAAAAUUGACCUUUUUGAACAUAAUCAUGAUCUCUGUGAAAUAUGCCUUGUGAAUUCCGGAGGGUGUCAGAAAGUAAGAAAUGAUAUUCAAGGGCUUCUAGACCGAGGAGAGCUUGUGGUCGAAAGGAAGUGUGAUGAUGUGUGUGUAAUAACUCCCGAAGGACCUUUGGAGGUAUUUUAUGACAGUCAAAAGUCAACUAUCACCCCUCUGGUGAUCUGCUUACCAGGUCCACUGCCAUAUGUUUCUAAAAAGGCCGUUCCAUACAAAUACAAUGCCACCAUGAUUGAAGAGGGUCGUGAGGUUCCAAUACCGCUUUUGUCUAGUGUGGAUAAUAUUGUUGAAGACAGUAGAGUUCUGAGAAAUGGGCGCGUUGUCCCCAUAGUGUUCCCAAAGAGGAUUGAUGCUACAGUAAACAAGGAGGUUCGGACUAAAGAUGCUGAUGUCGCCAAAGAAGUGGAUCAACCCAAAGAGGCUGGUACAAGUGCAGAGUUCGAUGAGAUUCUCAAGUUAAUAAAGAAGAGCGAGUACAGGGUUGUUGACCAACUAAUGCAGACUCCAUCCAAAAUAUCCAUAAUGUCUUUAUUACUAAAUUCUGAGGCCCAUAAAGAUGCAUUAAUGAAGGUCUUAGAACAAGCUUUUGUGGAUUAUGACGUAACGGUGGGUCAGUUUGGCGGAAUAGUAGGGAACAUCACUGCAUGCAACAACUUGAGUUUCAGUGAUGAAGAGCUCCCAGCAGAAGGAAGAAACCAUAAUCGGGCGCUGCAUAUAUCUGUGAACUGUAAAACUGAUGCUUUGUCAAAUGUGCUGGUGGAUACUGGAUCAUCUUUGAAUGUGUUGUCCAAAACAACUUAUACCCAGCUCACUUACCAAGGUGCACCUUUGAGACGAAGUGGGGUAAUGGUGAAAGCUUUUGAUGGCUCGAGGAAGGAUGUCCUUGGAGAGGUGGUUCUACCCAUCACAGUUGGGCCACAAGUUUUCCAAGUUAAUUUUCAAGUCAUGGACAUUCAAGCCUCGUAUAGUUGCCUACUGGGUCGACCCUGGAUUCACGAGGCAGGGGCUGUCACAUCCACGCUGCAUCAAAAGUUGAAGUUUGUGAAGAAUGGGAAGCUAGUAACUGUAAACGGUGAAGAGGCUUUAUUGGUGAGUCAUUUGUCAUCUUUCUCUUUCAUUGGGGCAGACGAUGUCGAAGGGACACCUUUUCAAGGGUUUACUAUAGAAGAUAAAAAUACCAAAAAGAAUGAGGCCUCUAUCUCAUCUCUGAAAGAUGCUCAGAAGGUCAUACAAGCAGGAGGGUCCACAAGCUGGGGAAAGCUGAUAGAGCUUCCAGAAAACAAGCACCGAGAAGGUUUGGGUUUCUUCCCAUCUACUGGUUUGUCCACAGCGAAGAAGGGCGCUUUCCACAGUUCGGGCUUUAUCCAUGCAAUCAUUGAAGAUAGUCCUGAAAGUGUGCUACGAGGUUUUAUAACGCCAGGAGUAUCCAGCCACAAUUGGGUUGCCGUAGAUGUUCCUUUUGUUGCUCACUUAUUAGAAAUCGACGAACCCGCUGAACAACAUAACCCUAUGAUCUCUCCCAACUUUGAGUUCCCUGUGUAUGAGGCGGAGGAAGAAGAGAAUGAAGAGAUCCCUGACGAAAUCUCUCGACUACUCGAACAAGAGAAGAAGACCAUUCAGCCUUAUGGGGACGAACUAGAAGUGAUUAAUUUGGGCACCAAAGAAGACAAGAAAGAAAUCAAGGUUGGGGCAUCGCUCGAAACAAGUGUUAAAAAGCAAGUGAUAGAGCUCCUCAAAGAAUAUGUUGAUGUGUUUGCCUGGUCCUACCAAGAUAUGCCGGGUCUAGACACUGAUAUUGUGGUGCAUCACUUACCGUUGAAACCUGAGUGUCCGCCAGUCAAACAAAAAUUGAGAAGAACACGUCCUGACAUGGCUCUCAAAAUCAAAGAAGAGGUACAGAAGCAGAUCGACGCAGGUUUCCUCAUCACAUCAAAUUACCCCCAAUGGUUAGCUAACAUAGUGCCUGUUCCAAAGAAAGAUGGUAAGGUCAGAAUGUGUGUUGACUACCGCGAUCUAAACAAAGCUAGCCCGAAAGACGACUUUCCUUUACCCCAUAUUGACGUGUUGGUUGACAGUACUGCAAAGUCUAAAGUUUUCUCAUUCAUGGAUGGAUUCUCCGGUUAUAACCAAAUCAAGAUGGCACCCGAAGAUAGAGAGAAAACAUCCUUUAUUACACCUUGGGGCACUUUCUGUUACAAAGUAAUGCCGUUCGGUUUAAUCAAUGCCGGAGCUACUUAUCAGAGGGGUAUGACUACUCUUUUCCACGAUAUGAUACAUAAAGAGAUUGAGGUCUAUGUGGAUGAUAUGAUAGUCAAGUCGGUUACUGAAGAAGACCAUGUCAAGUAUCUACAGAAGAUGUUCCAGCGCCUGAGGAAGUACAAACUUCGUCUAAAUCCCAACAAAUGCACUUUUGGUGUCAGAUCCGGAAAGCUUCUAGGUUUCAUUGUCAGCCAGAAAGGCAUCGAAGUAGAUCCUGACAAAGUCAAAGCCAUCAGAGAGAUGCCUGCUCCGAGAACAGAAAAAGAAGUAAGGGGUUUUCUUGGACGACUAAAUUACAUCUCCCGGUUCAUUUCCCAUAUGACUGCAACUUGUGGGCCGAUAUUCAAACUACUCCGCAAAGAACAAGGUAUUGUGUGGACCGAAGAUUGCCAGAAGGCUUUUGACAGCAUAAAGAAGUGCUUGCUAGAACCACCGAUUCUCAUCCCUCCAGUUGAAGGAAGACCUUUGAUCAUGUACCUAACAGUGUUAGAAAAUUCCAUGGGUUGUGUGCUCGGACAACAAGAUGAAACCGGAAGAAAAGAGCACGCCAUUUAUUAUUUAAGCAAGAAGUUUACUGAAUGUGAAUCUCGCUACUCCAUGCUCGAGAAGACGUGUUGUGCUCUAGCCUGGGCUGCCAAACGCCUCCGUCAUUAUAUGAUUAAUCACACUACUUGGCUGGUAUCUAAAAUGGAUCCAAUCAAGUACAUAUUUGAGAAGCCCGCUUUGACAGGAAGGAUUGCACGGUGGCAGAUGCUACUAUCUGAAUAUGAUAUCGAGUACCGUUCCCAGAAGGCAAUCAAAGGCAGUAUCCUUGCUGAUCACUUGGCUCACCAACCACUUGAAGACUAUCAACCUAUCAAGUUUGACUUUCCUGAUGAAGAGAUUAUGUAUCUAAAAAUGAAAGACUGUGACGAGCCACUAUUCGGAGAAGGUCCUGAUCCGGAUUCAGUGUGGGGUUUGAUAUUUGAUGGGGCUGUCAAUGUAUACGGCAACGGCAUAGGGGCAGUACUCCUUACUCCUAAAGGUGCUCACAUCCCUUUCACAGCAAGACUCCGGUUUGACUGCACGAACAACAUCGCUGAAUAUGAAGCCUGCAUCAUGGGUAUUGAAGAAGCCAUUGAUCUGAGAAUCAAGAACAUCGAAAUAUAUGGAGAUUCAGCUCUUGUAAUCAACCAGAUCAAAGGAAAAUGGGAAACUCUUCACGCAGGACUAAUACCUUAUCGAGACUAUGCAAGACGUUUAUUGACCUUCUUCAACAAAGUGGAAUUACAUCAUAUUCCUCGGGAUGAGAAUCAGAUGGCGGAUGCCUUGGCUACUUUGUCUUCAAUGAUCAAGGUGAAUCAUCACAAUGACGUGCCACUAAUCAGUGUCAAAUUCCUUGAUAGACCCGCUUAUGUGUUUGCCGCUGAAGCAGUUUUCGACGAUAAACCGUGGUUUCAUGAUAUUAAAGUGUUUCUCCAAACUCGAGAGUAUCCUCCUGGAGCAUCCAACAAAGAUAAGAAGACUCUCAGAAGAUUAUCUAAUAAUUUCUUCCUGAAUGGGGAUAUCUUGUACAAAAGAAACUUUGACACGGUCUUGCUCAGAUGUGUAGACAAAUAUGAAGCUGAUUUAUUAAUACAUGAAAUACACGAGGGAUCCUUCGGAAUUCAUCCUAAUGGGCACACAAUGGCUAAAAAGAUAUUGCGAGCAGGCUACUACUGGAUGACAAUGGAAUCAGAUUGCUACAAGCAUACCAGAAAGUGUCACAAGUGUCAGAUAUACGCCGACAGGAUUCAUAUGCCGCCAACUACACUCAAUUUGCUUUCCUCUCCGUGGCCUUUCUCUAUGUGGGGCAUUGACAUGAUCGGAAGGAUUGAGCCCAAAGCUUCAAAUGGACACCGUUUUAUCCUAGUGGCUAUUGACUACUUCACCAAGUGGGUUGAGGCCGCAUCAUAUGCCAAUGUGACCAAACAAGUAGUGGUCAAAUUUAUCAAGAAUCAUAUCAUUUGUCGCUAUGGCAUCCCCAACCGGAUCAUCACCGACAACGGAACAAAUCUAAACAACAAGAUGAUGAAAGAAUUGUGUGAUGAUUUCAAGAUCGAGCACCAUAACUCUUCACCUUACAGACCCCAAAUGAAUGGUGCUGUCGAAGCUGCAAAUAAGAAUAUAAAGAGGAUUGUCCAGAAGAUGGUGGUGACUUAUAAAGAUUGGCAUGAAAUGCUUCCCUUUGCAUUACAUGGAUAUCGUACCUCUGUACGCACAUCAACAGGGGCAACUCCCUUCUCCCUGGUAUAUGGCAUGGAGGCAGUACUUCCUGUAGAAGUCGAAAUUCCAUCAUUGAGAGUCCUAAUGGAAGCUGACUUAUCAGAAGCUGAAUGGGUUCAGAAUAGAUACGACCAGUUGAAUCUAAUUGAAGAAAAGCGCAUGACGGCCCUAUGUCACGGACAAUUAUAUCAAAAAAGGAUGAAGCAGGCCUUUGACAAGAAAGUUCGUCCCCGUGAGUUUAAAGAAGGUGAUCUCGUGCUCAAAAAGAUUUUCUCUUUCCAACCAGACUCCCGAGGCAAGUGGGCUCCUAAUUAUGAAGGUCCGUAUGUUGUUAAAAGAGCCUUCUCAGGUGGUGCCAUGACUCUACAAACCAUGGACGGUGAAGAACUUCCACGACCUGUGAACACAGAUGCAGUCAAGAAAUACUCUGAUUACUCUGUUCGCUUAUUCGAUGGCAUCGUUAGCUUGAGGAUGUUCGACGAAGGUGAGGCUUUGCUUUAUGUUCAAGUUUAUUACGUAGUCUUGAAACUUACGAUCGGUGAACUAAGUUCCGUUGUCGGAGACUACGAGCGCUGGGAUUCCGAAUCUUUCUAG